CCCUUUUUCACCAUGAACCCUGAGUGAAGUGAUGGUUCUUCCUGGUGCUCUCGAAUUCCCCGAGAAAAAUAAACAAAACGAUACAAUUCAAUCAGACGAUAUUUAAAUUUAGAAUAAUAUUAAACUUCUAUCUUCGAGCUGAAUUUCUGUAUUACCGUUUUAAACCCAUAAGCAACACCCUUUAUCGAUUGGAACCUCAGAUGAAACAUGACUCGAUGGAAGAAAGAGGAGCAAGCAUUCGUCCUCUUCUCAAGCAGAUGCCAGAUUCCAAUGGAAUUCGGAGAUAAUGGAUGCAUUGCCAACCAUCUGAAGACAGCUUAGCGAAACCAGCACAGUAUCUGCAUCCAUUUGAAGGAAUAAAUAAUUAAGAGUCAUCGUUAAAGCAUGGAAGAAAAAGUGGUCAAUACCAAUGUUCCAGGCACCUGUGACGAAAUUGUUUCCAGCGUUCCAGUACCACCCUAUACCUUACUUUCAACCAUUGCCAUAGCAACUAUAACAACUAUUUUGAGUAUGGUAACGAUAAUCGGAAAUAUAUUGGUGAUAAUAUCUUAUAAUAUGGACAGAAGACUGAGAACCAUAAGCAAUCGAUUCCUUUUAAGUUUAGCUUCAGCCGAUUUAUUGAUCGGGACUAUUUCAAUGCCUCUUUUUACCACUUAUCUUUUGAUGGGAGGAUGGACUUUAGGCGCCAUAGUCUGUGAUCUAUGGCUUGCUUUAGACUAUCUGUGCAGUAACGCAUCCGUGUGUAACUUACUCGUCAUUAGCUUUGAUAGAUACUUUUCGGUUACCAAUCCUCUUAAAUAUCGAGCUCUAAGAACUGUUAAGUUAGCCUACUUUAUGAUCGGUGGUGCGUGGAUAUUAUCGUUCAUAACAUGGCCACCGUGGAUUGUUGGCUGGCCUUACAUCGAGGGCAAGAGAUCAGUCCCAGAUGACAAGUGCUACAUACAGUUCCUUGAAACUAACACCUACAUAACCGUGAUAACUUGUCUCAUCGCUUUUUAUGCCCCUGUCAUCACUAUGAUUACUUUGUAUUACAGAAUAUGGUUGGCCACAGAAGAGAGUAAAAGAGAACAUGCGAACCUUCACGCUGACAAACAAAUUGAUCAACCAGAUCCAACUCCUAAUCCAGUAGCUGCUGUAGAAGAAUCAACUAGCAAUUUAGAAACUUCAAACAAAAUGCUCUCAGAUGAAGAUUUUCCUGUGCCCGAGCAGGAUAAAAACUGUUCCCACCACUUAAAAGCCUUUCUUUCUUCUCUAUGUAGCAUAGAUCGCGAUGAAGCAAACGAUGAUGACAGCCCCGGUGGCACAACACCUAGCUCAGUCGAAACUCCUAUCCAGUCUUCCAGGACAACUUCCGUAACUCUUCGGCCAGAUCAAAUAGCUACGAUAGAGGCAUUACGAAAAAAAGCAGGAGAUAGCAUAUAUCCGAUGAAUAGAGAUGAAGGUAUGUAUACCAUAAUGAUUAGCAUGCCCGAAAACGAACAAGCAACGGUCAAGCAGAUUCCAGAUGACGUUCGAAUCACUCCUGUUCCGAUGAGAUCAUCGAGGAGCACUAGUGCCCUGGUCGAGCAUUCAGUGACAAAUCAAAAUAUUAAAAGGUGCAGUUCAAGCGAAGCCUUGAGUGCUUUUAGACUAGCGAAACAAGCAAGGUUGCAAAGACCUAACGUAAAAAAAAUUAUAAAUAAGACUCAAGACAGAAAAUUUGAUUCGAAAGCUGCGCGCACAUUGAGCGCAAUUCUGUUUGCGUUCAUAAUAACAUGGACGCCGUAUAACGUACUUGUGCUGAUAAAAAGCGUUGAGACCUUUGUUAGUUGUGAUGAUAUUAUUCCUCAAGGUUUGUGGGACUUUUCUUAUUAUCUUUGUUACAUGAACAGUAUGGUCAACCCUUUGUGCUAUGCACUGGCGAAUGCUAAUUUCAGAAAAACAUAUUGGAGGAUUCUAACCUGCACCUGGAGGCAGAAAUCAAAAUUGAGCAUUAUUCGCGGUCUUCAUUCGAAAGCCUCCUGACAUAAGGCUGACAGAAGGAUAAACAAACAUAUCCUUCAUUUUACUGCACGAAAUGCACCACCUCAGACAAACCCGGUAUCUUAUCCUACGGAAUUGGUAACAUACCGGGGAUCGAAAGCUGAUUAACAGAAUUAUUUUACUGUCACAACAGAAUUUUGGACUUGUCAAGGUGCUGCGAGCAAGAUCAAAAUCGUGGUCUUUCUGUCAGCUUUGAAUAUAUAUUCACGGACGCUAUAUCGCGAGAGAAACCAUUCAGAGCAGUUUCUUUUUCCAUCUACAUUAGUAAUUUAAAGUAAAGAAAUUAAGAAAUUUCAGCUAAACUAAGACUAAACCAUGAAGCUACAAAUGUUGAUUUUUUCAAUAAUAGAAUGCAAAUAAUUUUUAACAGGAUUUCUCCACGUAGAAGGCAACGAUAGAACAGUGGUUAAAGGCACUAAGCUGUUAUUGCGGCUGAUUGAAUCACCCCCAGCUCCAGAUUGACUGAUAGCUUGUCUUUGAAUUAAAGAUAACGUUGAGCGCAUUACUGAAUAAAAUAGCACAAUCAUACCGUUAUUCGCGAAAUUGUGGAACCUUAUAAACUCCACGAGCCAAUGGCCCCCAAAGAGCUGUUGCUGAUAUACUUUACUUUACUCCUACAUAGAAAGUGAGGAAGUAAUACUGCCGUAAUUUACUUGCAUUUUGAUGUUUUUAAAAAUCUAUUUCAGCAUUUAAAGCUGCUUUAUGGUUAAUUCUUGGUUUAUUCAAACUAAUUUUUUUAUUAUAUAUUUUAAGUUACUAAUGUUGAUGAAAGAGAAUUUGCCCUCAGUGGCCAUCGGUUGCCGUUUUAAUUGUCUUUGCUCAUUGACUGUAAUUUCUUUAACUAAACGCAUGCGGUUGCGUGGGUACUAACUACUUAGAUGUGUUUUUAAUACAAUGGAUGACAGUGUUUGUAGUAAGUUAAAAUAAAAUUUGUUUAUUUAAAGCGUUACAUUCAUAUGUUUAACGCCGCCCCUGCUGUUAUAUUAUCAUAAUCAGCAUAUUUAGUUGAAUAAUUCUCUCGUCCACUUACAGCAAUCAACUUUUAUUAGAAUUAAAACGAAAUGUUUUGAUUUUCUUCUAAAAAAUAUAAAAAAUUAAAUGCAAUUUUUUUAUAACUUAUCUUUGAAUUCUAUGUCACACAUUGUGUGGAGAAAAGUACCACUGCAAACUAGGAGAUACAGCUAUUCAGAGAAAUGGAAAGACCCUGUCUCCAAUGGUUAUCAAGUUAAUUAUUACAUAGCUGAUGUGCUUUGAUAGUUACGCAUUAGAAUCAUUAAAGGUCUAAGAAGAAUGGAUGUUUCUAUGUGGCUGUAAAAAAGACUUCUUACAUUUUCUACAUUUACAUGAUUCCGAUUAACUAUGUGAACACUCGUCUUUUGUGUAAAUAUUGGGAUGAUUCUGAAUUCAUAAGUGUAAUACAAUCAGAUUUCGCAUUCUCACGUUACAAACCGCACGCUCCCGUACGUAGGUUUUGCACAAAUCUAGAGAAUCAAGAUUGCUUUGUGGUAACUGUACUGCGCAUAUCGUACGUCAGCGAGCAUACUUAAUGUUAUGUGAGAGAGCGAAAUCUUUAUAUUUAGCACUUUCACGGAGCAUCCUGCACGCUCCUGUACGUAUGUUCUGCGCAAGUCUUAUAGUGAAUCAAUUGUAUUUUGUGGUUACUGUGCUGCGCAGAGGUUGCGCACAUAAGCAUGCGGUUGGCUACGUGAUGAUCAUGAACUUAUUGUUUUAAACCUUUUCUCAACCUUUCAGUGUAAAUUUCAAUGUACAUUUUUAUA